AUGAAGAAAGCUCCUAGCUACAGAACUAGGAGAAGAAAAAUACAAAAUGAACUUGAAGCUUUUGAUUAUAUUAAUACUUCAAAUAUUUUGGAAACAGAAAAUCUUGUCCGAAACACAAUAUCCACUGAAAUACCAUUAAAUUAUACUCCUACAGAAUUACAAAUUUCAUCACCUGAAGUGGCUUAUAAUGCAAUGGAUACUAAUAUAGUUGAAAACUUAUUUGUAAAUAAUAAAGAGGAAACCAUUAAACAAUCCCUAGGUCAGUGGGCUGUGGAUUGUAAUGUACCACAAUCUACUGUUAACAAACUUUUAAAUAUUUUGAAAUUUGAAACUCCCUUAACAUUUUUGCCAAAAGAUUGUCGUACCCUUUUGAAUACAGGUUCAUCAAAAAUUUUAAACAUUAGAGAUGUAAAACCUGGUAAAUAUUAUUAUUUUGGACUAAAAAACGGUAUUAUAAAAUACUCAUCAAUUUUACAUUUAAGUGAACACAUUAAAAUUGCUGUUGGAGUGGAUGGACUACCAAUUAGUAAAAGUAGUUCAGGUCAAUUAUGGCCAAUUUUGGCUUAUAUUAUUCCAUAUCAUGACUGUGUAUUUCCAGUAGGAAUUUAUUAUGACUUUCAAAAACCUCUCGAUAGCAAUGAUUUUCUUUUUGAUUUCAUCAGUGAAAUUUUAGAAAUAACAACAAAUGGUAUUACAAUUAAUAACCAGUUAAAAAAAGUUACACUUGAAGUCAUGUGCUGUGAUGUUCCUGCAAAAAGUUUUUUAUUGCGUGUGAAGGGACAUUCAGGGUUCUUCUCGUGUACAAGAUGUACACAUGAAGGGGAAUACAUCAAUAAUAGAGUUUGUUUUCCUUAUAAUGAUAUUGGUCAUACAAAAAGAAACCACAAUGAUUAUAUUUUAAAGAAUAAUGAAGAGCAUCAUGUUUCUCCUAUAAUUUCAUGUAUUGCGCUGAUACCUGAUAUAAAUAUUACAAGUUUAUUUUCUUUAGACUACAUGCACUUGGUUUGUUUGGGUGUCGUGAAAAAAUUAAUAAAUCUUUGGAUGAAUAAUGGCCCUACGAGUGUAAGUUUAUCAAGUUGGAAAGUAAAACAAUUAUCACUCAAUCUAGAAAAAAUACGAAGCUGUAUUACCAAUGAUUUUGCUCGAAAACCAAGAAGAAUUGAAGAGUAUCCUCGAUUUAAAGCUACAGAAUUUAGACAGUUACUCCUGUAUACAGGACCCAUAGUUUUGAAAAAUGUCUUGUCAGAUGAUUGUUAUAAACAUUUUAUGUCUUUGAACAUAUCAAUGAGAAUACUUUUAAGUAACGAUCAUUCUGAAUAUUUAAAAUAUGCUGCUAAAUUAUUGAAUUAUUUUGUAAAAACAUUUCAACAAAUUUAUGGUUGCCAUUAUCUAUCGCAUAACGUUCAUAGCUUAUUGCAUUUAGUUGAUGACUAUAUUACAUAUGGACCUCUUGAUAACUGCAGCUGUUUUCCGUUCGAGAACUACAUGAAAUUUUUAAAACGCAUGCUUCGAAAACAUGAAAAACCAUUGGAGCAAAUUAUUAAACGUUAUGGAGAAAUUAUUAUUAAUGAUAAUAUUAAAUUCAGUAAUAGUAAACAUAAUACAUUUACAAUUAAGAAGCCAGAUAACUUUGUAUUAACAACUGGAGGGGAAAUAGUUCAAAUUAUUGACAUUUUAUCAAAUACUUCAACAAUUGUAGGCAAGAAAUUCAACUCCAAAGAAGAUAUGUUUGAAAAACCAAUAAGCUCUUCUAAACUGGAUAUAUUCAUUGUUAAAGAUUUAUCUGAAAAUACUAAAGAAUGGUGUAUAUCGGAUAUAAAAAAAAAAAUAAUGAUUUUUAAUAUCAAUGAAGUAUUGAUAGCUGUACCAAUAUUAAAAUAA